UCACCGUUGGCGUGUUUGAGCGUUCAGAGUGGACUUUUCUCCUCCUUCUGCGACUCCUGGAUGUUUGUCAAAUGUCCGGGUUUCAGACUCUUUCAGUUUUCCCUGAUGAGGUCCAUCAGCUGUCAGUGAGUAAAGAAGCGGCAUGCCCUGAGCAGCAGGAGAAGAGUGAGCAUCUGAAAAUUAAAGAUGAACAUGAGGAUAUGUGGAGUGAUCAAGAGAAUGAGCAAACUCACAAGUUGGAAGAUGACAUCGCCAAGUUCACUUUUGUUCCUGUCCCUGUGAAGAAUGAAGUUGAUGAAGAGGAGCCUCAGUCUUCACAGCAUCCUCAAAAACAAACCAAAGAGUCAGCCAGGUAUUUUGAUCCAGAGAGAGAUUUACACCAACAUUCUGAGAUCAAGACUGAAGACUCUUCUGAUCCAGAGACUGAUGACAGUGCUGAUUGGAGGGAGAUGACAGAACACCAGUCAAGUUCAAAGUCAGUUGGGGAAAGCACAGAAACAAGCGCAAAGAUUCCAAAGAGAUUGUACAUCUACUCAGAGUGUGGAAAAAGAAUUAAGGGUGAAAAGGGUGUGAUUAGACGCAUGGUUGUUCAUACCAAAGAAAAACCCUUCCCCUGCUCUGUGUGUGGUCAGAGAUUUACAAGAAAAAAAAGUGUGACUUAUCAUAUGAGAAUUCACACAGGUGAAAAACCUUUUGUCUGCUCUGUUUGUGGCAAGAGAUUUACCCAAAAAUCAAAUUUAGCUACUCAUGUGAGAAUUCACACAGGAGAGAAACCAUUUGUCUGCUCUGAGUGUGGUCAGAGAUUUCCCCAAAAAACAAGUUUGGCUGCUCACAUGAGAAUUCACACAGGAGAGAAACCAUUUGUCUGCUCUGAAUGUGGUCAGAGAUUUCCCCAAAAAACAAGUUUAGCUAUUCACAUGAGAAUUCACACAGGAGAGAAACCAUUUGCUUGCUCUGUUUGUGGAAAAAGAUUUAAUUGGAAGGGACAUUUGACCACACACAUGGUUGUUCAUACAACACAAAAACCCUUCCCCUGCAUUGAGUGUGGUAAGAGAUUUUCCCAUAGAGACAGAACGAUGAAACACAUGCAAACUCAUAAAGGAGUAAAACCUUUUAUUUGCUCUGUGUGUAGCCAAGGAUUUACCCGAAGAGAAGGUUUAACUGUUCACAUGAGAAUUCAUACAGGAGAGAAACCAUUUGUCUGCCCUGAGUGUGGUCAGGGAUUUAGCCAAAGUGGAACUUUAACUGCUCACAUGAGAAUUCACACAGGAGAGAAACCAUUUGCUUGCUCUGAGUGUGGAAAAAGAUAUACACGUAAAAAAGGUUUAACCACACACAUGGUAGUUCAUGCUAAAGAAAAACCGUACCACUGCACUGAGUGUGGUCAGGGAUUUCCCCAUCGAGGCAGUAUGAUGAAACACAUGAAAUCUCACAACAAAGGAAAACCUUUGGUUUGCUCCGAUGAUGGUCAGAGAUUUACCUGAAAUAGAGGUUUAACUGGUCACAUGAGAAUUCACACAGGAGAGAAACCCUUUGUCUGCUGUGAGUGUGGCGGAAGAUAUACCCAUCAAGUGAGUUAGAACAGACGUAUGCAAUUUCAUACCAGAGAAAAACCCUUCAGCCGCUCUCAGUGUGGUGAGAGAUUUACCCCAAAAGGAAAUGUGACUGUGAACAAGUCCCCAAUGACAAUUACUACCUAAGACUGGUGAUAUCUGAUUUUUUUCUUUUAUCAAGGAUUUUAACUGUUCCCAUGAGUUGUUUGUCUAAAGUUCUAAAACCGUCACUGCAACUCACCUCUUACCCCUCGAUUGUAAACUUUCAAGGUUUUCCUUAGAAUUGUUAAUGCCUUCUCUCACUGGACACACACUGGAAGUACCAGAUGUUGCUCAUAAAUACCUGAGUACAUGUCCUGCUUGCCUGGAAGAGUUUGGACCAAAGAUCUCAUAACUGCUAUAAACAUAUUUUUUUUUCAACUUGCCAUCAAAAGUUUCCUUGGACCAACAUUGCCAUCUACUGUCUGAUCUUGGUUAUCAUACAUUUCCACCUGCGCAACUUCUUAGUGCCUUAAUGUUUUGGUUGAAAAUACUUUCAAUGUUUUAAUCACUUUAUUAUCCCUGUUUAAUUGUGUAGCAUGCACUUUGAUGUUUUAGUAUUCCAGUAUUGUACAAUCGCUUCUG